AUCGUCUUGUAUACGUCCUCUUUCUCAGUAGUGCGCGCCGUAGGCCAAGCAUGUCGUCAAAUGCGCAGUCUAUUUCAAGGCUAUCGCGUGCCCUUUGAAGAGCGAGACAUGGCGCUGAGCAAAGACAUACAGGAAGAACUUUCGGAGCGGGCGCCAGGCGUGCAACCACCGGUUGUCUUCUUCAAUGGUGAUUUGCUCGGUGAUGCUUCGACGGUUGAGCGUAUGCAUGAAACGGGCAAGCUAGCUGCCUUGCUAGCACCGGUUCCGCGCACAGAAUUGGGGCAGCAUGGCGUUUGUGGGGAAUGUGGCGAUCGCCGCUUUGUGCCGUGCACCUGGUGCGGCGGCGACAAGCGCUCGAUGACGGCGCACUUUGGCGAUAUGGUGGCCCUUCGUUGCACCGCCUGUAAUGAAAAUGGUUUGAUGCGCUGCUCGGCUUGUGCUUCGGAUUAA